AUGUUGAAUGAAAAUGAUUAUCACGACGACGAUAGUCAUAGUCAAGAUCCGGCUGUUCGUCUCAAGCAACAAAAGUAUAAGACGUGGUUGUACGUUGGUUUACUUGCAGUUUGUUUUUAUGUGUUGUUCUAUGCAACAUUAAUAAGAAUGAAAUCGAAUACGAUUGGUAUCUCAGAAAUAACACCUGAUAACUUUGAUAAACUGCGUGCUGGACAUGGUCAAACCCUUUCUUGCCCAUGCUCGACAACGGUGAUAUCUUACAAAGAUUUUGUUUCUACUAAUAUGACAAUGUAUCCAAUCUGUUCAAGUGCUUUCGUAAGUAAAGAAUGGAUUGAAGGAUUAUAUUUUUCAAAUGCAAGUUCUUAUCCAACAUCGGAUUUUCGAAUGGUCGCCUAUUCACAGUUUGAACUUCUAUCGAGAUUUUGUUCGCUCUCUCGAGAGAUGGCGUCUCAGAUUCAAACUGCUGUUAGAAAUCUUGAACUUGUAACGAUCGAACUUCUUUCUGAAAUACAAGUUCGAUUAGAAAUCAAUGGUAUUAUCGAAUUCCAAAAGAGCAGUGCAGCUAAUCGAAUUAUUUCAUUCAUGGACUAUUGGAGAACAACUAGCCAAGGAAUUGGUUUCGUUUCCGCUCUUGGCACCAAUUGGGUACUUGUCAUACUCGAUGAUACAAACGGAAUUAUUACCAAAACCGGAGGAUAUUCAGCAAGAACAGGUGCAGAUGGUGUUGACCAAUUAUGCGAUCGAUCAAACAUAAUAAUUCCAGCUACUCUCUAUUUACCAUUAGUACAUUCAGUAAUUGACAACAAUGUAGGAAUUCUGAAUCCACUACGCGUUGCUACACGUGUGAAAGGAUUUUCUAUGGGAUGCACUCCUCUCGAAGGGCUUCUUGCAAGUACAUUAGAUUGUUUAUACGACGGGCAAUGUUUGCAAUUAUUGUUAAAUUCAUUUCCUAAUCUAAAUCAAACAAAUCCUAUCUGGAAUAAUUCCAUUUUGUCUUCACCAUUUAAAAACAUUUCGGUUCUGAACUACUUUGAAAAUCUUUUCGUUUCAAAUUGGUCUUCAAAUAUAAACUAUUCGGCGUAUUUCCACAAGUGCUCUCCAUCAAUCUGCACAUAUACGACAAUAGAUCGAACCGCGUUAUCUCAUGCAAUUACACUCUUCAUUAGUCUUUAUGGUGCUCUUAUCCUAAUACUACGUUUGGUUGCAUCGUGUUCGAUCGACAUUGUAUUCAAAUUCAAAGUUUAUCCAAAUCGACCGAAUAUAAAUAUGAGCAAAAUGGGACAAUCAAUCAAAAGAUUGAAUCUAUUCAAGAACGUUAACGAUCGAACGGAAAAUAGUAUCAAACAGCAAAUGUGUAUCACUCGUAUUUAUUUGGUUUUACUGUUUGGUUCAGUGUGCACAUUAUGCUUGUACACAUCAUUAAAAAGUGAAAUAGUGACAAUUACGGUAUCAAGUCCUUCGAUAGUAACUUACAGGUCAUUAGAGAGCAAAUACUCAACAGCACUUCGAUGUCCUUGCACAAAUAAAACUAUACUGUACGAAUCGUUUGUUUCAUUUUCUCCUGUUUUUCACCAAAUCUGUUCAAGUGGUCUCAUCGGAAGCGAUUGGACUAUGCUACUAAGAUAUAGUUUGCCGUCAUCCGACAAUGACUGGCGUGCUCAGGCACCACCUCAAUUCCAAGUGCUGUCUGAUCUUUGUUCCCUCGCUAAUAAGACAAUCGACGAUGCCCUAAACAGAUUUUACUCACAAGCGUUCGUCACUUCUACUGUAAUGAACGAAGUCGCCUUUAAUAAACAGUUGAAUACAAGUCUGAAUCAAUUUUAUCAAUCAACACUUUAUAACUUCGAUUUGAUCAAAAAUUUAUUGCAGCUUGUUAUGCGAGCAGAUCAACUUUAUACGGGUUCGUUUGUAGCUAAUUGGAAUACUGACAUAACUGAUAUGGUCGCAACUGUAGUCACAAAUCAGACAACCAAUAGUCAAACAGCAUACAUGCAGAUCCUUUUACACGGAAUUCAGGAGGCCAAUUCAACACUGUUUACAUGCUUUUGUGCUAUGAAUCCGAAUUGUAAAGCACCCACUGCAUUCUAUGACUCGGUGCUCAAUUAUGACACAAAUAUUACUGUGAAUAUGAUUCUUGACAUCCUCGGUUGGAACCGGGGCUGCCUUAGCAUGGAUUCUCUUCUACUUUCAACACUGCAAUGUUUUUAUGCAGAUGCAAAUUCUGAUUGCUUCGCAUUUAUAUUAAGUCAUUUGUUAAAAAUUAAGUUCAAUUAUGAACUCAUGGGCCCAUUAACAUUGGACAUACACCCUCUCAUUUACAAUCCGACACAGACUCGUUAUUCGCCGAACACAACGAUCUCAGUCAUAAUCAAGGAGCUAAUGCUCGAAACAUGGAAUCCUUCUUUGUCGUAUGAAAAUUUUUAUCAAUCCUGCUCACCAAUCUACUGUUCUUAUUCCGAACGAGUUCGCCAACAAACAUUUCUAGAAAUCAUUGUAAUCUUAGUGUCAAUGAUUGGCGGUGUCGUGGUUUCAUUACGAUUUCUAACUCCUCAUUUUGUUCGAUUCACUUGGAAAGUUCUCAAUCUGUUUGUCAAAAAACCACGGCAAGUCGAACGAGUUCAUCGAAGGCUGAUCGAUCGAUUGAGAACAAUUGUGCAAAACGUGAUUAAUAGUUUAUACGCUACUAUGACUGAAUUGAACAUCUUCAAAGCACGUGAUUUUGGAGGUAACUGCGAUCGAGUGACAUUGAAACGCAACGGCCAAUGGGCGACUCGUCUCUAUAUUAUUUUAUUCAUCACAAGUCUCACUAUUUUCAUCUCCUACACCAUCGUUCAACCGCGCGCUGUGACACAAAGCUUUAAUGAACCAUCUUUUAGUUUUUAUAAUCACUUGACAGAAAUGUAUGGUGAUAAGCUACAAUGUUCAUGCUCGCAAAUAGCAUCGCCUUACGCUCAAUUCGUCAGCAUUCAGCCAAUAUUCCACUCGGUAUGUUCAAGUCAAUUUGUAUCCGAGACGUGGAGGAUGGCCUUGUUAGACGGUCUCGUUUCCAAUUUGACUAUCUAUGAAGAAAGAGAUUAUCGUCGAUUUCUCUCCGCUCAUCUACAAUAUCUGCAAGGAUUGUGUCAGCUUUCCCAAACAUCAGUUACGAAUGCUAUCAAUGAAUUUCUAACAUCAUUAUUAAUCACAGUGGAAAUCCUGCCUCAAAACACUUUUCAAAAUCGUCUUAGUGCUUUAGUUGAACAAACAAAGUCCAAUGCGCCGAUUCUUUUUUCUAAUCUUAUGUUUGCUAAACAAAGCAUUUUCCAUGGAAAUGCUUUAAUGACAAGUUAUGGAACUAACUUUCAAUAUUAUUCUUCGUUAGUCAGAUAUACUCCGUAUUGGAUAUGUGUACAGACGGAAGCUAAGAUCUACGACGAUAAUUGCUCCUGUGGUUUGUCUCCAACAUGUGUGACUCAAGCGAAUUUCAUCGAACAAGACUCGUUGAAAAUAGUUCUAAUUAAAGGUAUGAAAAUGGGAUGCACUCCAAGUGAAUCAUUUUUUGCUUCGACUCUCGAAUGUUUUUAUGAUCAAUUAUGUUUGGAUCUCAUUCAAAACUACACUAACUAUAAACAUUCUUUGACUCCUCUUGCAACGGCAACUCUGACUCGUUUCCCGCAAAAUACAACCAUAAGUGAAUUUGUCGAAGACUUAUUCAUUGAAAGCUGGUCAACAGAUAUAAACUACCCAUUGUAUUAUCAACAAUGUUUACCUUCUAUCUGCUAUUAUAUCAGUGUGGAGAAAUUUAAUGUUUUCUACAUAAUCACUCUAAUACUUGGCCUUCAAGGUGGUUUAUCAAUUGUUCUCAAAUUCAUUUGCCCGAAACUCAUUCGAAUUCUUUCAAAAAUCUAUCUUGAACGAAAACAAACCACAUCUGUUGUUUCGCCGGGUACUCUUAUUAAAGAACCACUCCGUAUGACAGCAAAUACUGAUAUUCAACCAAUGAAUUCAACAUCUCAAAGUGGUACUAUGACAUACAGUCAAUCAUUCUUCACGGUGAUAUCUAUAGGUGUAUUACUAGUGUGCACAUUAGUAGGCGUUAUUACUUUUUCGAUUUAUUAUUCUCGACAAGAUUGGACGACCAAUGCACCAACAGUUGAUAGCUUGAGUACAACGUUGAGCACAGCAAUUUCAACAUCUUCGAUUUCUACAGGAUCCAUCUAUACAUUGGCAAUUAUACAAGUGUCAAUCGAUACUCCAUGUUCAGAUUCAAUUUCAGAUCCAAAAAUCCUUACUGAUAUCAACGGUGAUAAUCGAACUGAUUUAAUUUUCUGCUGUGAAAAUUCACGGCAGGUGAAUGUGUUACUGGGACACUCGAAUGGCUCGUUUGAAAGAGCGAUCUCAUUUUCGCUUGAAGAUAAUUCACAAAUACUUCAAAUCCGUGUUGGCGACAUCAAUGGCGAUGAACAAAUCGAUCUAAUUCUUGGAAGUAAAACUGAUCAACAGUACAAUGUUAAUCUUCUAUACUCUAACGGUAAUGGAACGUUUCAAACACAACAUAUGCAAUCGUUAGCUAUGAACGGUUUUGAAAUUGAUUCCAACAGUCUUGAGAAUCUCAUUGGUUCUAGUUUUGACCUCAACGUAAAUGAUCUCAACAAAGAUUCUAAGUUGGAUAUUAUCGUUGUGCUAGGAUACCGUAGUCGAGUUUUUAUUUUUUUUGGAGAUGAUAAUGGAACAUUUUCGUCGCGAUUAGCAUUGCCAUUGACAAUCUUUGGUAAUCCAAGCCGAUUGAAUGUUGUGGAUUUGAACAAUGAUAGUUAUUUGGAUCUCAUCGUGCUGGAUAUCGACGCUCUGCACAUACAAAUCUUUUUUGGAGAUCAGAAUGGAAGAUUCCAAUUACAGAAAUGGUUUUUCACGGUGUUUGGUAUCAGCGACUCUAAUAUGUUAGUCGGCGAUUUCAAUAAUGAUGGGCAGCCGGAUAUGGUCUUUUUUAAUAGUAGAAUUAACACCGUUUACGUAUCGUAUCGAAAUAGCAAUGGCACUUUUCAAAGUAAAGAGAAAACUAUUAUGGAAUCGUAUUUAUCAAUGAGUACAGUGACCGCACUUCACUUAAACGACGACGGUUAUUUAGACAUCGUUAUUGGUACACCACUAUCGGAUGAACUUUACGUUCUAAUAGGAAGUGAUAAUGGAGAUUUUCAAACUCAAAUUAUUAAUUCUACCGAACUGAAUACGAAUUAUUUCGGUAUUAACACAUGUCAAGAUGUGAUCAAUAUGAAUAUUCAAUCUGGUAAUGCAUAUCUUCUCUUGAAUACACGUCAAUGUUCUAUGCAGUAG